AUGCCUGUUGUACGCAUUGCCAGAGAAUUGUGUGUAGCAAACAUGUCUCCCGUUAAAGAUUGUGACAAGCACAACAAGAUGCAGGGUCGGGGCAAGAAGAUCAAAAUGUCCGCUUCAUGUGCUGCUCAAAUCUCCCAGUUGACAAAAGAUUUGGGCUUCAAGUCCGAAGAUGAAACUCUUCAGUGGCUUCUAGACCGUGCAGAGGGGCGUGGCACUGCAAAUCAGUCUGCUAAUGCUACUGGAGGGGCCUCUUAUGAGGCCCCCAAAGUCCCCGAGAAAAAGAAAGCUGAGGCUGUUGGCGAGGAUGGUGCUCCGAAGACCUCGGGAGUUGCGCCUGUGGGGCCCACUCCUGUGUAUAUACCAGGGAAAGGGUUUUGGAUGGUGCCUGAUGAUGGAGGCAAGCCACAACAGGUCUGGCCUGUGCCGCUGGCUCUCACUCGUGGCAUUGGCGUGAGGAUGCAGGGUCCGUAUGGGCCGGGGUCGUCAGACCAGAACCAGAAGCCUUAG